AUGCCGGUAAUCUGGGGCGCGCGCAAGCAGGGUGGUGUGUCGCUGUCGACGAUAGAGGCGGAAUUUGUGGCUGCCAGCGAGAUCGCGCGGAAAAUAAUAGGGGUGCGAGAGAUGCUAAUGGAAAUCGGGGUUGCGCCAGCGCUGCCCAUGCAGCUGCAAGUCGACAACCAUGCGAUUAUAAGCCAGAUUGCUGGCGAAGCGUCGUCGUUGAAGGCAAGCACGUGGACGUCCGCCACAAGCUCUUAUGCGAUUUCGCUCGACUUGGAAUUAUUGAAGCGCGCUACGUCAGGACCGAGAAGAUGUUUGCGGACCUGCUGA